AUGAAGGAGACGAAGGCAUCGCCCCCGUCCAGCGCCGCCGUAUCGGCGGUGUCGGCGUUGGCGUCGGCGUCGGCGUCGGCGUCGGCCUCGUCGGUGGGGGCGGCGGCGCCGACGGAGCUCCGCCAGGCGCCGCCGUCGUCGCCGGUAGCACAGCAACCGGAGGAGACGGCGGCGCCGCCGGCCGCGGCGGGGAGAGAUGGCGUCGGAGGGCAGGAGGCGGCGGUCUCGGUGGAGCGCCGCGGCGAGCAUUCCGCUGUGUGCCGCUGGUCCGUGGCGGCGUUCCCCCGCGUGAAGGCGCGAGCUCUGUGGAGCCGCUACUUCGAGGUCGGCGGCUACGACUGCCGCCUCCUCGUCUACCCCCGGGGAGACUCUCAAGCUCUGCCGGGAUACCUCUCCGUCUACCUCCAGAUCGUCGAUCCCCGCAGCGGCUCGAGCUCGUCUUCUUCCUCUCGGUGGGACUGCUUCGCCAGUUAUCGCCUCUCCAUCCCCAAUCACGCCGACGAGUCCAAGUCCAUCCACCGCGACUCCUGGCACCGAUUCUCGUCCAAGAAGAAGUCCCACGGCUGGUGCGACUUCACCCCAGCCGCCGCCGUCCUCGACCCGCGCGCCGGCUUCCUUUCCGGUCCCGGAGAGUCUCUCGUCGUCACCGCAGAUAUCCUGGUGCUUGACGAGUCCGUCUCCUUUUCCAGAGACAUUGUCCCACACUCCGAUCAUCAUCACCAUCACCAGGCUCAGUCGUCGGCGGCUGUGGCGGGGGUUGGAGGCGCCGGUGCUGGCGGGGACACGCUGAAUGGGAAGUUCACAUGGAAGGUGCAUAACUUCAGCCUCUUCCGGGAAAUGAUCAAAACGCAGAAGAUCAUGAGCCCGGUUUUUCCGGCAGGUGAAUGCAAUCUUCGGAUUAGUGUGUACCAGAGCUCGGUGUCUGGUAUUGAGUAUCUGUCGAUGUGUCUUGAGAGCAAGGAUGCUGAGAAGAGCUUGCUGCCGUCAGACCGGAGCUGCUGGUGCCUCUUCCGCAUGUCGGUCCUGAACCAGCGCCAAUCUAGUGGCGCCAGCAGUGGUGGUAACCAUGUCCAUAAGGACUCCUAUGGAAGGUUUGCAGCAGACAGCAAGGGUGGGGAUAAUACCAGCCUUGGGUGGAAUGACUACAUGAAGAUGGCAGACUUCAUGUCAACUGAGAAUGGGUACCUUGUUGAUGAUACUGCAGUGUUCAGUGCAUCCUUCCACGUGAUAAAGGAGUCGAGCAAUUUCUCCAAGAGUGUGAACUGCAGUGGCAGCAUAGCACAGGGAACAAGUGGGAGGACGGGAGUGGGGGGUGGGGCAAGAAAGUCAGAUGGGCACUUCGGUAAGUUUACAUGGAGAAUUGAGAACUUCACAAGGCUCAAGGACCUCCUUAAAAAGCGGAAGAUAACAGGGCUAUGUGUCAAAAGCCGGAGGUUUCAAAUUGGUAAUCGAGACUGUCGCCUAAUUGUGUAUCCAAGAGGUAAGAAUGAUGCGCUCUGACCAGUCACAGUGUUGUGCGAUUUAUGCUGACUUGCAGAGUUUAAUUGGGAUAAUUGUAAGCUUUGUGAUAUGUAUGCUAGAUGUUGCUUUCAGCAUUCUAAUCAUGAAGUUCAAGAUCACCGUUAAAGUUUAUCUUUUCAUAAUAUGCAUUAUUCUCAGGGUGGCCAACGAAUUUUUUUUCUCUUAUUGUUACAUGUAGGAAAUUUCCUCUGUUCUCUAGCCAAAGGGUUAUAAAUUAACACACGUCAUGCCACUUGUUGGAUACAUAUUUUCUUUAAGCCAAGAAGAUUAAAACGCUAGAACUGUAACAUAAUAUCUGUAUUUCUCUGAGGGGAGGGGGGACUUGUGGUAGUUCUGAUUUUAAAUAAAGAAAAAGGAGAGAAUUGAUAUGUUCAGAACAUUUACGAUCAAUUCCUAGGUUUUCGUUAUUGGAUUUGGAAAUAUGUUGGAGUGCCUUCUUUCCAUCUUGUCUUUCUUCCUUCAACUUUAUUCUGAUCAUGAAUUUAUGUAUCAUGAAUAGACUCUUUAGCAGAAUUUUUUGGUUAUUAUUGUGGUUUACUAAAAAGUGUGCGUCCACUUUCUUGUACUCUACUGUGUACCAGGGCAGUCUCAGCCUCCAUGCCACCUCUCGGUUUUUCUUGAAGUAACAGAUUCUAAAAACACCUCAAGUGACUGGAGUUGCUUCGUGAGUCAUCGCCUGUCAGUCGUCAAUCAAAAACUGGAGGAGAAAUCUAUUACAAAGGAGUCUCAAAAUCGUUACUCAAAGGCUGCUAAAGAUUGGGGCUGGAGAGAGUUUGUAACUUUAACAAGUCUCUUUGACCAGGAUUCUGGAUUCCUUGUACAGGACACUGUCAUAUUUUCUGCCGAGGUACUUAUAUUAAAGGAAACAUCCAUAAUACAAGAACUAUCAGACCCAGACCGCGAAUCAUGUGGUGCAGGUCCAGGUUCUCAGAUUGAUUCGAUUGGAAAGAGAGGAUCCUUCACUUGGAGAGUUGAAAACUUUUCAUCAUUCAAGGAAAUAAUGGAAACAAGGAAAAUCUUUAGCAAAUUCUUUCAAGCUGGAGGGUGUGAACUGCGAAUCGGUAGGUGAAUCCUUUCGCUUUUUGUACAAUUGCUUGUGGAUCUGUUGCAAUUAUUUUAUAGAAAUGUUAUCAUGAUGCAGGUGUCUAUGAAUCCUUUGACACAAUAUGUAUAUAUUUGGAGAGUGAUCAAUCAGCUGGAAGUGAUCCGGACAAGAACUUUUGGGUUCAAUAUAGAAUGGCUGUUGUAAAUCAGAAGAACCCUGCAAAAACUGUUUGGAAGGAGUCAUCUAUCUGCACAAAGACAUGGAACAACUCUGUGCUCCAGUUUAUGAAGGUUUCUGACAUGCAAGAAGCAGAUGCUGGUUUCCUUGUCCGGGACACAGUGGUCUUUGUGUGUGAAAUUUUGGAUUGCUGCCCCUGGUUUGAGUUUUCCGACCUUGAUGUAAGUUUUAUGGUAUCCGUUUAGCUUGUAGAUGAUGGAGAGUAUUUUAAUUGAUAUUUUUAUCUAUUCCUUGUCACCCUUGAUGUGCUCAACCUAGGAACUGAAGAAAAAUUGACAGAUGUCAUUUUGAAUGAUCUGUAUUAAUAGUAUUGCCAAAACAUGAUGUCUCACAUUCUGUGCAUAAUAUUUUCGAUCUCGCAAAAUAUAGACAAAAAAAGUCCAAAUAUUUUAUGUGAUGGUUACAGUAUUUGAUGUCUUGUUGGCAAGCCCUUACAUAAUCAUGGAUUGUUGAGUUGGGAAUAAUUGUAUUCCCUGAACCCAUAUCAGAUUCAAUGGGGAGAGGCGUAGUUUUGUGUUGGCUUGGGAAAACUUAUUUCUUAUUUGUGUCCGAUAUGCGGAAAUGAUGUGAAUCGGAAGACUCUCAUUUGAGUUAUUUAUUGGGAUUUUUAAGGCUAGAAAGUGCAUUUCUCUUGUCAUGUAUUAAACACGAGUAGAAUUGUGGAUAAAAUAUUGCCCUUUCGAACGUGUUAAGACAUCGUUUUAUUAGUAAAAUCAUGUCUUCGACUGGUAAAAAGUGCUCAGAAUGAUCUAAAAAAUUGCUGAAUUGAUGAAGAAGUGGAACAUACGAACUGAUGGAAAAGUGUCAAUCCCGUUUUCGCUUUCUUGAAUACAUAAGUAGCCUGCAAACAGUCUAAUUUAUUGGCAUGGUAGUUCUUGAGAGUUACUAUGUACUAUCUGAAAAUCUCUCCUAUUUCUUUGUCUUUAUAUUCCAUAGUGAAUUGUUACAAUUUCAAGCUCUCUGAAUUUUGAGCCUCAUUAUGGAAAUAUCACAAAAGCUGCACUUAUUCGGCGUCAUAAUUCCUGAUUCUGGGAAUAGAUUUCAUCCAGAUGUUUGGACCUUGUUCUUAUCUGAUAGAUGGGCUUUAUCUCUGUAUAGAAAGUAAUUUUUAUGGGUUGACCAUCGAAUGCCACUCUUGCAUCAAUAAUCUUUCCAGAAUCGAGGGAGAGUUCCAUUGGUAUUAUAUUUUCAUGAUGGUUGCGUGAACUUUUCUUCAUUAUAAUAUUUCUUGGAUUUGGGAGAGAGGAUGUGUAAAAAGGAUUGGGGCCCCAUUUUUUAUACGAAUGGCAAUAUUUACCGUUACUACUUUCUAUCUUUAGUUACUAAUCUUGGCCUAGCCAUCACUGUCAUGGUAUAUCAGGCUUUAUUAAAAUUUCCAACUCCCAUAAGGAAAGUUUCUGCUUUCUUCCUCUAGAAAAAAUAUCGUUUUGAGAUAAUCCUUCAACAAGGAAAAUGUUAUACCCAUGCUAUUUCCUACACUGCUUUUUCAGGCAUCGGAGGGAUGGAAGUGAUAUGAAUUCAAACUAGACAGAAGUCAUAUAAUAUAAUAAUAGCAAGGAAUCCACAAUUAACUGGGUGAUAUGGUUUUUCUCCUUCCCUUUGAUUUGUUUCUGACUUCUUGUUUUUCAGUAUUUUUCAUGCUUCCAGAUUUUAUUUAAAAAAUAUUAAUGUGUUAACUAAGGAUUUGGACAGCUUAUUUAUUUCUCAAUUUUUUAUUUUUCUUUGGUGAGGCAGUUGUAAGGUUUCUAGUUCUCAAACUUUUCUUACUCCAACCACCCGAAUUUUCGAUUAUUUGCAGAGGAAUCCUACUAAUUUUCAUCGUUUAGUCAAUUAUUUAUUUUAAGAUUAAUUUUAUUCCUCAUGUAGUGAGGUCUCAAGUUCAACGCAAUUUAUUGAGAUCGAGUGUGUGAAACAGGGGUGUACAGGCAGAUGUUCCUGGAUUUCGCCCUGGUCCAGUUUGUCAUGCCUGAGGUUUUUCUUUUGUUUUUGGCUUGACCUGAUGCAGCCAACAGCCCAUGUAGUUUGAUGGCCGGGGAAGGGGCGGAGGUGCAUGUUUUCUGGUGAAGUGUGGAGCAGAUUUGUGGCACUUCUCUUCUUGUUUGCUUAUUUUUUUGCCUGUAAUGGCUUUUACCGUUUUAAAUUGAAGAUGAUGUCUUACGAAUAUUUUUCCAGAAGUGAUGGUGGUUGACUGUGCUUUUCAGUCAUUACUUUUCUGUAGUAUGAGCCUACAUCUUAUGUUCCUUGUCUAAUUAUCUCAAUUUCUAUAAUAUGUGUUAGGCACUUGCUUCUGAGGAUGAUCAGGAUGCAUUGUCAACAGACCCGGAUGAACUCAUUGAUUCUGAGGACAGUGAAUGUGUUAGUGGAGAUGAAGAGGACAUGUUUAGAAAUCUCUUAUCUCGGGCAGGGUUUCACCUCACUUAUGGAGAUAAUUCCUCACAACCACAAGUCACCUUGAGGGAAAAGCUCUUGAUGGAUGCUGGAGCCAUAGCUGGAUUUCUGACUGGAUUGCGUGUCUAUCUCGAUGAUCCAGCUAAAGUCAAGCGCUUGCUUCUUCCAACAAAACUAUCAAGUAGUAGCGUAGGGAAGAAAGAUAUUACCAGGAAUGAUGCAAAUUCUCCAAGCCUGAUGAAUUUACUGAUGGGAGUCAAAGUCUUGCAGCAGGCUAUUAUAGAUUUACUGUUGGAUAUAAUGGUUGAGUGUUGCCAGCCAUCAGAAGAAAGGGGGAGCCAAGAUUCACCAGAUGUAGUCUCGAAGUCUUGCUCUGAUGAUAUCGGAUUUGUGACGUCAGAACCCAGGGAAGACAGUUCCACUACAGAUUGUGCAGUACAGAGUUCUGUGUACCAGAGGCUGGACCAUGGAUCAGAGGACAAUAACAGUGGUUAUGCUGUACAGAGUUCAGAUCUGACUGCCAAUGAAACAGAUGAGAAGAUUGAUCCUGUUCGGCCUUGUUUUCCUUCUGUCACAUCAGCUGAAGAUCUUUCAGUAGAUGAUGGCUUUAUUCGAUCUAAGGUGAUGAGCUAAUUAAAAAUCUGUAGAUUUCAUUAGUUUGUGCUUCCUAUCUUUUAUUAACAUUUAUUUCAAAACUCCAUUUUAAUCAGCUAAUUGAAUAACUAUUUUGCAGACCAAAUGGCCAGAACAGUCUGAGGAGUUACUUGGGUUGAUUGUUAAUUCCUUGAGUGCCCUUGAUAGUGCUGUUCCCCAAGGCUGUCCAGAACCCAGAAGAAGGCCUCAGUCAGUUCAGAAGAUUGCUCUUGUUUUAGACAAAGCUCCUAAGCAUCUUCAGCCAGAUCUAGUUGCUCUGGUGCCUAAACUGGUUGAUAACUCAGAACAUUCCCUUGCUGCUAGUGUUCUGAUUGACUGCCUUCAGAAACCAGAUAAAGAAACUGAGCUUUGGAUGCCGGUAUUUCCUGUAACUUUUACCGAUUUGACAUUUUCUUUAUUCUGCCUUUUUUUUUUGGGUUUCUUUAUUCUAUUGUGAAAAAUUGAGUAAUCAUUAUCUUUGUGCAUUUCUUCGAUGUUCUUAGUCAUCUGUUAAAUGAAAAAAUGUCAGGUAUUUGGUGCUCUCAAUCAGUUGGAAUUUAGUCCUGAGGUUUGGCAACGUGCACUCUUUCAAGCUUUUAAUCUGUUGGCUGAUAGCAAUGAUGAACUUCUGGUAGCAGCUAUCAGUUUUGUUUUCAAGGCUGCAUCACAGUGCCAGCUGCUUUCUCACGCGGUAUAUCUUUCAAUCUCCAUAGUGUCAACAGUAGUGAUAUCUUUUUAUGCUUUCUGAUAAUUGCCUUCCCUAUAAUUUAUGGGAUUUAUAGUCCAGUCCACUAAUUUUCAAAGCUUGGGUGAGCAGGCUAGAGCAGUCCGUUCAAGAUUGAAAAGCUUGGGUCCUGGAGUCCCACAAUGUGUUCUGGAUGUUCUAGGCAAGACAGUCAGCACAUGGGCUGAUGUUACUGAAGCUAUUUUGAGGGAUAUUGACUCAGAUAUUGAGCCUGAUGGAGAUUCCUCAUUAACAACUCGCACAGUUUUUCCUGAUAGUGUUAAUGCUCUUUCAAUGGGAUUGUUGAGUACUUCUGAAGAACAGGCUGUUUAUGGCAGUCAACACAUAGCAGACAUUUAUGUCUUAAUCGAGAUGCUUUCCAUUCCUGCCAUUUUUGUUGAUGUCUCUCAGGUUUUUGUGAGAGCUAUUUCUCGUGGAGCCAUUACUCUGCAGUCAGUGGCCAUGGUGCUGGAAAGACGCCAUUCACAGAUGUUCGCCAUGAAAUCCAGCGCUGCAGCUGAUGGUGUUCAAAGUAACGACCUGGCCGAGAAAAAAGAUGAAGCAUUACCAGUCCAAAAUGAUGACUAUACUUCAUUUCUUAAUCUAGGUCAAGUAUUAUCUCUCUCUAAAGAUUCCAGGGUGCAGGAUUUUGUGAGGAUGCUUUAUGCUAUAAUGUUUAAAAUAUAUUCUGAUGCGAAUCACCAUGAAAUGCUAUUGAAAACACUCGUUGAUAAUGCAACAAGUAGCUCAGAUGGUCAAGUUGUAGAGAUUGAUAUGGAUGUCUUGGCAUUCUUGGUUCGAGAAGAAGAUGGCGUUGCCAGAGAGGUUCUAAACAUGCUGCGGAAGGUUUGUGAGCUUGCACAUGUUGACCGUGCAACACUUUGGCAUCAGUUAUGUGCUAUGGAAAAUGAAAAUCUAAGAGCUCAGGAAGAUCGGAAGACAGAACUGGCCAAUUUUUCUCGAGAUAAGGCAGUUCUGGCGCAAAGACUGAGUGAAUCAGAGGCAACUGUAAAUCGUCUUAAGGUAUCCGAUCCCAUCCUAUAUUGGAAACACUACCGUUCGUCUAGUCCUGUUUGUUUUCUAUUUAAGCUCCUGUUGCUAAUGCAUGCCUUUCAAUUUUGACAGUCUGAGCUAAGGGCUGAGACUGAACGUUUUGUUCGUGAAAGGAAGGAGCUUUCUGAACAAAUAGCAGAGGCUGAAAGUCAACUAGAAUGGGCUCGUUCUGAAAGGGAUGAGGAAGUCAAAAAGCUGUCUGCUGAAAGGAAGGUCCUUCAGGAUCGUCUUCAUGACGCAGAAGUUCAACUUUCUCAGCUGAAGUCUCGAAAGAGGGAUGAACUUAAGGUAAACGACGUGUUCUUGUUGCUUCACAUGUAAUGAUGCUGUGCAUUAGGAAAAUAAUUCAUGCAUAGAGUAUUUCUCCAAGUGUAUGCCCGUUUGUUUUUCCUUAUGGUUGCCUUCUGCAGUGACAGAGGUACCUUGUUUUAUUUUUGUUGAUAACUAUUGUCUUCGGUCGUUACCAUUUCCUGCAGGCGCUAACAUUCUAAUUUGACACUCGGCAAACAAGCUAUUGACAAAGUUGACGAAUAAUUUAUACUCUCAGUUAUUUUUUCAGUAGUAAUAUUGCAACAUUUCUUGAGAGACAGCAGAAUGAUGCCUAGAAACUGGCUUGUAGCAUCAGUUAUUAUACUUGUGAUAAAUAAAGAUAACUGGCGUUGUGGUGAUUGCAUGAAUGGUGGUGUUUCUAAACUUAGAAUUAGAAUCAGGAUCCAGAGAAAGAGAAUAUUUUUUCAUUGAUUCCCAAUGACAAAGGUCGGUUUCAUUCCUGUGAGAUAUUUUUUAAAACAGUAACUGCAUUCCAACUACGGAAGUACACCUGCACAUCCUUGCCAUGCCCAUGAUGAUAAAAUAUUUUGCUGAAGUUUUUUUCUUUAAUUAAUAUGCAUAUGAUAAACGAACACUUCGAUUUUUUCGGAUGGUUUAUCUUAGAGCGUCACAAUUAAUGUUAAAAGUUUCAAUUCAUAUUUAACAACUGCACUGUCUAGAAAAAAAAACGACGUUUUUUAUGGAUUUUUGUUUACUUGCGUGCCAAAGCCUGAUUAUAUAGCUUGAUUUUCCCUGGAUCACUUUCUUGAUCUGUAAUUAACAAGUGUGUUGUUUUGUCAAAUUACUUUAAACGAGAAGUUUGAGCGGCUUCUGAUCAGGCGAGCACACUGUAACUAGUUUGUAUUAUCUUACGGAUCCUAGUUUUUUAUUUGGGAGAGUCCCAGAGGAUUUAGUAAUGCCUGCAUUUCUUGUUUGAUUGCUCCUCUUAAUCGGUGAGAUCCCAUUAUGUGGAAUUGGAAGCUUUCGAGAAACACUUCAACCGUUUAAUUCUGGUCUAUUUGUUUCUGGGAUACCUAAAUCUACAUACAUCUUCACGAUUUUUUAUUUAUUAUCUUACUUACUUUCAGCUUAGCAUAUGAAAUGACGAAAUUGUUCUCUUUCUUAUUUAUUUAUUGACAUUGAACUUGUACGGAAUUUGUACUCGGCAGAAAGAAAUUGCACUUGCCUAUUUAUGGUUGAACAUAACUGAGUAUUUGAAACUUUUCCAGCUCUCUGUUCCCCUUCCAAGUGUCUUCACCAGUUUGUACUGCUGUUCUUUACAAGGGUGUAUAAAGUUUCAUGCUUCUGACUUUGUGAUCUUUUUUUCACGCUUAGUAUGAGACGUCCAUGUUCAUACUCGUACUAAUAUUUUGCUGGAUAUAUCCGCACAGAGAGUUGUGAAAGAGAAGAAUGCCUUAGCUGAACGGUUGAAGAGUGCAGAAGCAGCAAGGAAGAGGUUUGACGAAGAGUUGAAACGCUAUGCUACAGAGACUGUAACGAGGGAGGAAGUUCGGCAAUCAUUAGAAGAUGAAGUCCGGCGGCUGACCCAAACAGUGGGACAGACAGAGGGAGAAAAACGGGAGAAGGAAGAACAGGUUGCUCGAUGUGAGGCAUAUAUUGAUGGAAUGGAGGCAAAGCUGCAGACUUGCCAGGUUUCCCCUCUUCCUUCCCCUUGUUCUUGUUUUAUAUCCCUCCCUACCCUAUUUGAAGCAAUUUACUUGGCAAAGUCAAGUUUCAAUAUUUUAUCCUCCCUCUGUUAUCUGUCAAAGGGUUAUAACAAGUAUUGUUAUUCCUCUAUUUGUCUUGGAGGAUCAUUGAAAAAAGUUGAUAACUUGUCAUUAUGGGAUCAUGUGUCGUGGCUUCUCUUGGCUGCGUGUCUGGGCUCUGGCUAAUGGACAACAUCGAGUUAUUUGAUGCAGGAACCAUGGAAUAAUUACAAGAAUAAUCCAAAUAUUUAUCAGCGUUGACAUUUCAAUGAUCUGGUGGAGUGGGUUACUGUCGAAUCACCAUUGGUUUGAACUAUUUUAAGUAACAAUCAUUCUCUGCAUAUUAGGCUUCAAAGACAUAUUCUUGUGGUCAUGGUAGCUUAUGAGCAUGUCUUUCUUAAUCCGCCUCUAUUUUUUCCUGAAUAAUUUCUUUGCAUGCAAUAUUUAGGACUUAGCCAUCAGUUUUUCUGGCCAAUAUGUAAUAAUUUCAGCCUCUGCUCUUGUAUCCAGUAGUGCAGACUUCUUCUAUCUCUACACAUCUCCAUUUUGAUUAGCUUCUUGGUUCUCUCCUGAUCCCCUGCACUUUUCCAUUUGCAGCAAUACAUCCACACGCUGGAAGCGUCGCUACAAGAGGAAAUGUCCCGCCACGCCCCACUCUAUGGAGCCGGCCUUGAGGCCCUAUCGGCCAAAGAGCUCGAGACGAUUGCCCGCAUCCAUGAGGAGGGGCUCCGGCAGAUUCACGCCGUCCAGCAGCAGCGAAAGGGAAAUGCCAACUCCCUAUUGAGCGGCCACGGGCUCCCUCACACCCACUCCUUAUACCCCACCUCAGCCGCCAUGGCUGUCGGGCUGCCGCCGUCGAUAAUCCCCAAUGGUGUCGGGAUCCACGGCAAGGGGCAGAUGAAUGGCGGCAUGGGUCCCUGGUUCAACCCCUCCUGA